AUGGCCACCCCAGCUGCCUUGCCUCCGCUGCCGUUCAACCCUUCGAGGGUCCGAUCAUACAUACUCCGUCUACCUCUGUUUACGCGACUGGUGCUCCUGGCGGUGCUUGUGUUCUGGCUGCUCGAAUUGCAGACUAUUUGGAGCGUGGUACAAUGGGGCUCUUUGACUCCAGAUGAGAUUGGGUUUGGAACCAUGUAUCGGUUGAACACCUAUCCGUUCAUCCACGUGGGGUUCUUCCAUGCCUUCCUGAACUUGUUAGCGCUAACGCCAUUGCUGGAGCGGUUCGAAGCCGAGCAUGGUACAUUGACGGCUGUUGCUUUGUUUAUUGGACCUCUUUCCACUUUCCCUGCCGGUCUUUACCUACUGGUUGAGAAGGUUAUUUUGCACAGAAACACUGCCGUCGUUGGCUCUAGUGUUUGGGUGUUCCUGUUGCUCGGCUCUGAAGCCAUCAGGACUUUCAAGUCCAACCCCUACUUCAGUCUCGGUACUCAGAGAAUUCCGACCUGGACUUCGCCCCUGGUUGCAUGCGUUGUUGUCGCGAUUCUCGUGCCCAACACCAGCUUCCUGGGCCACUUGUGUGCAAUUGUUGUCGGGUAUCUGCUCGGCCUCGGUUACCUUAAGAUCUUUGUUCCGCCAGAGAAGGUUCUACGAUGGAUCGAAGGGAAAUUGAACCUCCUCGGACGACUGCCUCAUUAUGUGUCAGUGGACCAGAAGACGUAUGGUCGCUAUGGUGUUCUGCCGAUGACCAACACUGGGGGUGAGCGGCCAACCCCUCUGAGCUAUCUGGGAUCGACUCAGCGUCUGGGAUCCUCGGAGUAA